AUGUACGCAAAGCAAGCCCAUGGAAAGGCCGUUGGGGCUAGGCAAAGCUUGAAAAUGGAGUAUCAACCUGUCAGCAAGGCCACGAUCGGUGGUUCCAGCUCCUCCAGCGGGGACCGUAGAGCUGGGACGGGCUACGGCCGGAAGACAACGAUGACCAGUAUCGAAAGUGUCGGGUCGAAUGAUGAUUACGAGGACGCGAAACCGGAGCAGCAGAUCAGCUCGCACCUGCUCGAUCACGGUUACGGAUGUGGCGUGACGUCAUUUCCGUCGGUGUCGGUCGUGUCCCAUUCGACGCCAACGAUCUCCAAACAAUCGCAACAUAGUACCCCGGAACAACAGCGUGGCCAUCAUCACCACCCCAGUAGCGUUAACACUAGCAGUAGUAAUAGCAGUAGCGGUAGGAUCAAUCAAACCAAUGGGAGGAACAGCCAUUUUCACAGUACGCCUACUUCAACAACAACGCCAUCGUCGUCCUCAUCAACUUCUCGUAGCGGCGGGAAGCUGCACCAGACGGUGCAGCAACAGCAUCAGCAGCAGCUGCAGCAGAAUCACCACAGUUACAACAGCAGCAAACACAAUGCGAUCGAUCCUCCGAUUACUAACUUCUUCAGGGCUAUCAAGCGGUCAUCGCAAACGUCGAGCAUAUCUCCCACGCCGGCCAAACUUGCCAAGAGCAGCAAUGGCAGUAGCAUGAAGACGCCCCACUCUACCUGUUCAACCCCAACAUCGUCAAUAUCGUCCUCUUCAUCAAAGAAACGCUACUCGGAGCGAACCAGGUAUGAUACAUCGCUUGGUUUGUUGACGAAAAAGUUUAUCGAUCUGCUGAACGAGUCACCCGACGGAGUCGUCGAUCUGAAUAUUGCUUCAACAAAGCUGAAGGUGCAGAAGCGACGCAUCUACGACAUCACCAACGUGCUCGAGGGCAUCGGCAUGCUGGAGAAGAAGUCGAAAAACAACAUCCAGUGGAAGUGCGGCAACACCGUGUGCAAUAUCGAUCGCAACACGCGGAUACAACGGGAACGGUAUCGGCUGCAGCAGAAGGAGAACCGGCUGGAGGAGAUGAUAGUAGAGCUGCGGAAGGCCACAAACGAGGAUAUGGCGCACACAAAGCACGGCUACUUUACCUGUCAGGAUCUGAACUCGAUGGAGAUGUUUCGAGAGCAGACAAUCGUUGUUAUUAAGGCACCACCAGAGGCUAAGUUACAGUGGAUGAACGACAAAAUGCAAAGGGAAAUUGUAUUAAAGUCGGAGAAAGGUGAAAUAGAUGUGUUUAUCUGUCCGACUGAGGAAACCGGAACUAUCGAUAGUUCAGAAAUGAUCGGCGGUGAUCCGUUGCUGGAAAAUUUCGAACCCAUACUAUCUCCUUUCCAGCGUGUGGAUAAAACUUCCAGCCCAAGAAGAGGUGUAAAGCGACCGUCCCCAUAUGCAGCCCAACGCAACCUGAACCGAGCGCUGUUCGAUGAAGGAAGCGUAGUGAAAUCCGAGCCUUUGGAAAGUACUGAUAACAGCACCAGUAGAAUGCAAUCUGCUGUGGCGUCUCUCUUCAGCCUGCCCGGCACUAGUGUUGCGAAAAAGGUUGAGGUGCAUCCUGAACGGUUCGAAUCCUCCUUGAAUACUGUCAUAAGCACAUCUAGCAGCGGUAUAGAGAGCACCAGCUACUACGCUGGUGCAGCUGCGACGAAUCAAUCCGAGACGCAUUUCGAUACUAGUCAAAUAGCGACUGAAUCCGCGAUGCCCCCGAUGACGAAGACUGGCGUGAGAGUAAAAUCCGAACAUGUGCCUGAUAGUAGUAAUAGUAGAAGUACCGCAUCGCAUACUGCGACGUCAGCGGAGAGUGCGUUCAUCGAAAGCGACAGAUCGCUGUUGGGUGCUGGUGACAACCACGAAGGAGCGCUAUCGUCGUCCAUGCUGUCUAGUGGCCUGAUGGGUAGUAACCUAAAUAUCAACAACAACCACGUCAACGGUGGAAAGGCGAUGCCAGAGGAGAUCACCAACAUGAACGCGUCACUGUCGGACACAAAGCUAAGCCCGCAUCUUUUCCCGUACGAUUUCAACAUCAAAAGCCCUUAUGCACUGAAUGCGCCGAGCGUCAAGUCAUCCCCGGAGAAUCUUCAUCAACGAUUCGGGAUAACAGAUUUCGAGUCAAUGCAUGAUUUUGAAAUGUUCUUGCCGCUGGAACCGGCUGCUGACUACAAUUUGUCGCUAAACGAAUCGGAAGGUGUGUUUGAUUUGUUCGAUUUCAACUGAUGAUGCUGGCGAUAGCUUCACCUUCAACAGUAGAUUGCCAUGGGGUGAUGGUGGCCGUCACAUCAGCAGGAUCUUCGUCAACUCCACAAACAGAAACAAACAAUACGCUUUCACUAGUGUUGCGUCAGCUGCACUACAGCAACAAACAUUAUCAUUCAUAGUAAGGCAGAGACAAGAAAAGUACAUCCGACAGUGUGUGCGAGUAGGCGAGAGAGAGAGAAAGAGAAAGAUAGAGAUAGAGAAAGAGAGAUAACAAAUAGGAGUAUAGACACAAAGCGGUGGUAAAUUACUUUUUUAGUAGUGCAAAGUAAGGAUAGUAACUAUAAGUCAACUAGUUUUUCAUUUCAAUUA